GCUGUGUGCUCUCUGAGGAGGAGCGGUGUCGUUUCAGGGGCGCCGGAGCGUUCUGCAGGGUAUCCCUCCCACCAGGCCGGUUUAGGCCUGGAGACCUGGAGGUCCCGGCAUGCUUCGCGGCCGCAGGGUGGGACGGGAGCUGGAGCUGCCGGAAGCGCCUCCCGCUCUGCGGUUUCUGGGCCUUGUCUGUGGUGGUCGUGGGCUCCGUUCCACUCGUCGAGAUGGUGUGGGGACCUCCCAUGUUUAUUAACUUCAGCCGCAGGAACUCUGUCUGGCAGAGAAGAGAUGGUAGAUGAGUUAAUAACACUGAGGGGGGGGAAGCGAAGGAGGUAGUGGCUGCUGCUUCGGGGAUCUGUAUUGGAACUGCCUCUUGAAGGAUCUGUGCUCAGUGCGUGCCUACUUGAAGGAAAGAAAAUAGAAUUCGGUUGUGUUGGAGCAAAGGCUAUCCAGAUCGUGGCCGAAGUAUUCUUGUUUUCACAGUUGAGGACAGCAAAAUAAAGCAGGAUGUCCGUGGAUCCGAUGGCCUAUGAGGCCCAGUUCUUUGGCUUCACACCACAGACUUGCCUGCUGAGGAUCUACAUAGCAUUUCAAGACCACCUGUUUGAAGUGAUGCAGGCUGUUGAACAGGUUAUCCUAAAGAAGCUGGAGGGCAUCCCAGACUCUGAGAUUAGCCCUGUCCAAAUUCGUAAAUGCACAGAGAAGUUUCUUUGCUUCAUGAAAGGACGUUUUGAUAACCUUUUUGGCAAAAUGGAGCAGCUGCUUUUGCAGUCGGUUUUGUGUAUUCCCCCAAACAUCCUGCUUCCUGAAGAUAAGUGUCAGGAGACGCAUCCUUUCAGUGAAGAGAAAUUCCAGCUCCUCAAAAAGGAAAUCGAAGAGUUAAAGGGGAAGUAUAAGGUCGAAUUAUGCACUGAACAGGCCCUUCUUGCAGAAUUAGAAGAGCAAAAAACUGUUAAAGCCAAACUUAAAGAGACCUUGACUUUCUUCGAUGAGCUUGAAAACAUUGGCAGAGAUCACGGAACUAGUAACUUUAGGGAGAGUUUGGUCUCCCUGGUCCAGAACUGUAGAAAACUCCAGAACAUUAGAGACAAUGUAGAAAAACAAAGCAAAAGACUGGAAACAUGGUAAUUUCUCAGUAGUGAAAAGAGAGAACAUGUAAAUAAGCAGCUUUUCUUUGAUUAUUCUUAUGUUUAAAGUCUUUUGGGGCUACUUCCCCCUCCUUUCCCAGAUUCCACAAAGCAGAUUGGCAACUGCAUGCUCCGGUUCAGACUUCUAAAGCAGAGUUUGUGUUCAUCUGCUUUCCCCCUUCUGAGAUUUGGGUUAACUGCCCUUGUAUCUGGUAACGCCUCUAGUUCUUCUUUUGGGUUUGUACCCAUUCAGCUGUUAGGGGUGCUUUAGUCUGAUUUCAUGAGGGAGUGGAAUCCUGUGUAAGUGAGGCCUAUAUAUUCAUUCAUUGAAUGUUGGAGUGCAGCCAUGAAGUACAUCAGGAACUAAUAAAGCAGAAAGGACAUAGCUCAGUGGUAGAGUAUGCUCAGCAUGUGGGUGUCUUGGGGUUUAACAUGCCACACUCUGGAGAGAAGAAAAGGAGGAGGGGGAAGAACAAAAAUUAAAAAACAAAGGGAAAUGGUGUGGCAGAGGGGGUCAGGGAUAUGGGGUGAAGUAUAAGACAGGCAGGGGCUGAUGAUAUGAGUCAGCAGGUAAAAGGACUUGUAGUACAAGCCUGGUGACCCUAGUUGGAUCCCCAGAACCCAUGUAAAGGUGGAAAGAAAAGCUUGACUCCACAGAAUUGUACUCUGACUUCCAAAGGUACACUGUGGUAUGUGCACCCCUCAUCCCCCACAUUGUGUGUGCAUACACACAUAUACACAUAUAAUAAUAAUUUUGUUUUAAGAGAUAAGCAAAACCUCUGUAUGUUUGAGUGUGUGCCACUAGAAAACUGACUCCUCGCUGGCUGUCAUGCACGCGGUGAUCCCAGCACUUGGGAGGCAUAGGCAGAUGGAUCUCUUGGGAGUUCAGCCUGGCCUAUCUAAAGAGUUCCAGGACAGCCAGGGCUACAUAGAGAGACUUGUCUCACAAACCAAAAACAAACAAAACAAUAAAACUCAAAUCUGAUUCAUGACACUUGUUAUGUUGGUAAAACAGACUGUAUUGGGGACUCUUGGGUUAGAUACAGGAACCAUUGCAGCAGGGAUUUGCAUUGAGGGAAAGGUUAGAUUCUGAAUAUAACAAGGAAAAGUUGGGGAUAUGCAGCUAAGGAACAGAAUGACUUGUAGGGACAAAAGGUCAUCACUGGAUGGAAAAUUACUAAAAGGGUCAGUGUUAGGGUUCGAAGUGUCCACAAAAUUCAUGUGUUAAAACUGAUUUCCUAGUGAUACAGUGUUGAAGUUGAAUAUUUAUACUUUGAUUAAUGCCUGUGGGAGUGGGGGAGUUUUUAGGGAGUAGGUUUCCAAUAAAAACAUGAGUUCAGGCCA